AAAAAUUAACAGAUAUAUUAUAAACUUGCAAGAAAAAAAAGUUAAUAAAAUAAAUUUUAAGGUUAUGUUGAGCACAUAGUUUUCUGUUGAAUUUUCAUGUCAGAUGGGAAUUUUAUAAUCAAAAAUGUAAAAUUCAUCCGAGGGUCCAUUGUAAUUUUAUGUCAAUCGAGCAAAGGCUCAGAGUGCAAGAAUGUCGCAGAGUAACGAACCUGAUAUUCUCGUUUCAACUAAUAAUGGUAUUUUGAAAAUAAUACUCAACAAACCAAGAAAGAAAAAUGCUAUAUCAGCAUCGAUGUACAAGCAGAUUGGUGAUAUAAUAAAUGAAUCAGCGAAAAAUGAUAACGUUCGAAUGUUAGUAUUGACGGGAGUGGGUGAUUUUUUUACAAGUGGAAAUGAAUUUAAUGUAGCAUUAUUGGAGGAUGUAGAAAAAUCUGUCAGAAAAUUUAAAAAAUAUAUUUAUUUUAGAGAAUUUGUCGAUGCUGUUAUAAAAUGUCCAAAACUUUUGGUGGCAAUUGUAAAUGGACCAGCGAUAGGAAUUGGAGUAACAGUUCUUGCACUUUUCGAUAUUGUGUACGCGUCUGAGAAGGCUUAUUUUAACACUCCUUUUUCGAAAUUGGGACUUAUAGCAGAAUGUUGCUCGAGUUACACUUUUCCAAGACUAAUGGGACGAUCGAAGGCUGGAGAAAUGCUCUACUUUUGUCACAAAAUGAGUGCGGAGGAAGCGAAAGAAUAUGGUUUGAUUUCUAAAAUCUAUCAAUCUGAUUCUGUGAAUGAAGUUUGGAAAUAUUUGGAAACAAUCGUAGCAACUAUGUCUUUUGAGACUAUACACGCGACAAAAAUGUUAAUUAAACGAUGGGAUUUGAAUACUUUAUUGAAAGUGAACGAAGAUGAAGUUGAAGAAUUAAAAAAGAGAUAUGCCUCCGAAGAUCUUAUGAAUCGUGUGGCUGCUUUUCUCAGCAGAAAAAGCAAAAUGUAAAUACUAAAUUUUUUAUCUAAUUUUCAUGAAAUUACUCUACAGAGUUUUUAACAAGUUUUUACACACUUUUUAUAUAUUCUAUAAUAUAUAUUUACAUAUUGUCAUAUUGUCAAUUUAAAAAAAGGAAAAAACAAUCAAAAAUGGAAAUAUAUUUUCAAAAUAAAAUUAAUUUUCCAGAGUUGUCACGAA